AUGGACGAAUACGAAUACUUUCGGCCGGGUUUCGACCCUUCUUCCGUCACAGUGCCCAAGCUGCGCUCAAUCCUCGUCGCGCAUAAUGUCAAAUACCCUUCGUCCGCCAAAAAGCCUGAGCUCAUUGCCCUCUUCAACCAAUAUGUCGCUCCGCAGGCGCAAACACAGCUGGCCGCCCAGUCGCGGACCAAACGCUCGGCCAGAGGCAUAGUCGAUGUACCCUCGAGCCGCGAAACGAGCGCUACGCCUGACGAUAGCGAGGAGGAUGAAGUCGCUUCCCUCGCGCCAUCCGAGAGCGUGCGGAGGAGCACCCGUCGGUCCACUAGAGGGAUGACCGAGGAGAGCGAUGCCCCCUCACUAGCACCCAGCACUGUCACCCGUAGGAGCACACGUCGUACGACCGCCUCCGUGGAGCCAGACCUUGACCUCACACCCGUCCCGCGGAGCAGGGCGUCAAGGUCGCCCUCGAAGCGCGCGUCAACGAAGCCUGUCCGCGCCCCAGAACUUGAUAACAUUGAAGAACGGCCCCCUUCAUCGCGGCUAUCGAGGCAGUCUGCGACUCCGGUUGUCAAGAAGCAGGAGUAUGAUGAAUCAAGCCCUUUCUCUUCGGACAAUCCUUUCCAGAGUGGCUCUCCAGCGUACGAUCCUCGCACCGUUGAGCGAGAUAAGAGGAAGAGCGGCGUGAGCCGGAGAAGGACUGAGGUUCUCAGCGCCGCGCCUGACGACUACGAUGCUACCCCAUCCCUAGUGAAGAGACACGAGUCGCCGAUCCCGCGCAAGAGAGAUCCCACGCCUAAAAGACGCUCUCCUACACCGAUCUUCCAGCAAGAGGAAGAAGACCUGAUGGUGGCGCAGGAGUCUGAAGAUGAGCAAGACGGUUUCGAUGCGGGCGAGGAAUUCACACCAGAGGAACAGCUGGAGCUUGUCCGUGAGAGGGCGGCACAGGGCAGAACCGAUAUUCUUCCUCCACGGAGAAGCCGGCCGCCUCAGAGGAGUUCGGGAGCACUGAAGGCUGCGCCGUUGACGAUCCUAGUAGCCCUGCUCGGUGGAUUCGGGGCCUGGUGGCGCGCCGAGAAGCUUGCGGUCGGCUACUGCGGUGUUGGGAGAAAUCCUAUCAGCUUGAACGAGCUGGAAGUUCCUGAAUACGCCAAGGGUAUCGAGGUGCUUCUGCCGCAGUGCGAGCCAUGCCCCAACCACGCUUAUUGCUACGCAGAAUUGACGACCAGAUGCGAGGACGACUUCAUCCUUAGACCGCAUCCGCUCUCAUUUGGAGGCCUCGUUCCCUUGCCCCCUACGUGCGAGCCGGACAGCGAGAAGGCCAGAAAGGUGAAGGCAGUUGCGGACCGUGCGGUGGAGGAGCUCCGUGACCGGAACGCCAAGUUUGAGUGCGGCGAUCUCGUCGACGAGACCGGCAAGCAUCUUGCCAGUCCCGAGAUCAACGAGCAAGAAUUGAAGAAGGAGAUCUCUACCAAGCGUCGAAAGGGCAUGUCUCAAGACGAAUUUGAUGAUCUCUGGUCCAGCGCCAUUGGCGACGUGAUGCUCCGGGACGAAGUUUUCAGCGAAGUGGACGGAGUCUCCGGAACCAGAACAGUCGGCUCCAGAAGCCUCGCUCGAAUCUCCCUCGCCUGCGCCGCAAGACGAUCCGUCCGCCUCGCGUUGGCACGCCAUCUUUGGAAGCUUAUAAGCUUGCUGGCCAUGUUCGGCGCCUUCCUCUACUCCAAGUCCGCUUGGGUGUCGUCGACUGCGACCGAACAGCGUGCAAAGCUCCUCGCCAGCUUUGCCCUGGAUCAACUCAAAGCGCAAGCAGCUUACCACGCACAGAAUCCGCACAGGUACCCUGAGGGUUUCAUCAGCAUGGGGCAGCUCCGGGACGACAUUCUUCGAGACGAGUUCAGCGCAAAGCGAAGACAGAAGCUGUGGCAGCGUGUGCAGAAGAAGGUCGAGCAGAAUUCUAAUGUGCGACCCAGCGUAAGGGAGACUCGCACGGGAGAUGUGAGCAGAGUAUGGGAGUGGGUCGGUGCCGUCGGCGCCAUCGAGGGCGGAGGCGUCAAGAAGGAACAGGGCCGCGAGAUGUUGACCGACAGCCCCCACGAACCGCAGAUAAAAGAAGAGGUGAAGGAGAAAAAACAUUGGGAUGAAGGCCGGCCAAUCCACUAG